UGGUCUGUCUAGAAGGUAUCUCGUAUGCCUUGCGCGCUUUUAUAAGAAAACAAGAUCCGCUGCAGUACAGACUCGCAUAUCACCCAGGCGGUGAGAAAGAUCCCAUCACCGUGACCGUCUAGAGGUACGUUUGCCUCUCGCAUUCGUCGCCAUCGGAACGCACGCUUCGACACCCUCACAAUCAGGUGACCAUCUCCGUAGAGGUACACCUAUCCCUCGCGUUCAUCGCUAUCUACCUGAUCAUUUAUGAUGCAGAGGACCACAUGUCGAGGAUGCCGCCCAUCAUCAACCCGGAGCACAGUAAGAUCACGCUGGAGACUAAGAACGUGCUCAUUGAUACGACUGCUACGGAUGAUACAAAGCUGCAGAUCGUGAUUAAUAUGGUGGCGAGUGCGUUUUCGGAGUAUUGUGUUGAGCCUUUCACGACCGAGCCUUGCAAGAUCGUCUUUCCUGACGGUUCGACGCGCAUAUCUCCUGAUAUCGCUCCCCGCACCGUGACUGCACGCGCAUCGUACAUCAACUCUUACACCUCUCUCUCCCUGACACCAUCCACAAUCCAGUCCCUCCCAACACCCAUGAGCCUCUUACCCACCCUCUCGCUCAACGACCCGACGCUCUAAUCGUCUCACUUCCAUGCACGCGUCCUGACAUCUUCCACGAGGUCGACGCAAUGGAAGAUGCAGCAGUCACUUAUGGGUUCAGCAACCUCCCAGAUAUCUUCCCCCAGACCAGCAGUCGCACAGCCGUUAUCACUCAGCAGGCUCAUGGAUGUUAUCCGGAAGGAAUGGGCGAUGGCAGGAUGAGUUGAAAGGUUGCCU